CUAUCAAGAAACUUUGGAAGGGAAUCUUCUAACAUGGAGUUUGUCAGAAAUGAGGCAGAUGCAAUAUACCAUGAAAUGGUAUUUGAUGCAAUGGGUCCACAACCUGAAUACAAUGAGGGGUCGAUGGCUGAGGAGACAAAUAGUAAGGCAAGAGAAUUUUAUGAUCUUCUGCAUGCUACAGAAGUUCAUAUUAGUGCUAAGGGACAAAAUAUCACAGUACUUUCAUGGGUGGCAAAAAUGCUAAACACGAAGACUCUUUAUAAUAUGAGUGCUGCUAAUUGGGAGAUGACAUUAUCAUUGAGUCGAAAGUUGUUGAGUCCAGAGGACCAAGAGAAGAUCCCAAAGGAUUUCUACAGUGCCAAAAAAAUGAUAAAUGUGCUUGGACUUGGGUACAAGAAAAUUGAUGUUUGCGUCAAUGAUUACUUUUUGUACUAUGAUGAGCAAAGCAAGAAUUUAACUGCUUGUGAGCCAAGGAACAUGGCUGUUGUGAGGCAGAAAGAUGUUCCACGGAAGUCUUUGUGGUACCUUCCAAUUAUCCUAAGAUUACAACAAUUAUACAUGUCUAAGAAAAUGACAGAGCACAUGACAUGGCAUUUGAAAUGUCGUGAGGAUGCUAAUGAAGUUAUUCAUCUUGCAGGUACUGAGGCAUGGAAACACUUUGAUGAAACUUAUACAACAUUUGCCAAAGAACCUAGAAAUGUUAGACUUGGGUAGUGCAACACCUUACUCUUGUUGGCCUGUCUUCCUUACUGUGU